GCCCCUUUCACUUCCAGCAGGCCUUGCGCCCGGGAACAUGGCGGCGUCCAGGUGGAUUUCUUGAGGGGGACCCAGUUGGUAUGGCGUUGGCGUCGGGGCCCGCGAGGUGGGCACUGGUUCGCCCAGGGCGGCUCGGCCUUGGGGACUGUGGGGCUCCGAGACGCGGGGCGUACGAGUGGGGCGUGCGCUCCACGCGGAAGCCCGAGCCUCGUCCCCUGGACAGGGUGUACGAGAUCCCUGGACUGGAGCCCGUCACGUACGCGGGGAAGAUGCACUUCAUGCCAGGGCUGGCGCGGCCGGUGUUCCCGCCCUGGGACCCCGGUUGGACGCACCCAAAGUUCCGCCGCCCGAUCCCGGUUCACGAGCAGCCGCUGUACAAGGAUCAGGCCUGCUACGUCUUCCACCAGCGUUGCCGCCUCCUUGAGGGUGUAAAGCAGGCCCUCUGGCUUACCAAGGCCAAGUUAAUAGAAGGCCUUCCUGAGAAAGUGCUUAGCCUUGUUGCUGAUCCAAAGAACUGCAUCGAGAACCAAGAUGAACGUCUUCUGAACGUGAUCUCUCAUGCCCGUCUCUGGCACUCCACUGAAGAUACCCCCAAGAGAGAGGCCUACUGCCCAGUCAUUGUGGACAGUCUGAUACAGCUGUGUAGAUCCCAGAUUCUCAAGCAUCCCUCUCUGGCCAGGCGGAUCUAUGCCAAAAACUACACGUUAUCCACCACCUGGAAUCGAGGGUCUUUUCUCCUUCAGGUCCAUGGUUCCAGUGGAGCCCAACUGAACACCAAGGAUCCGUUGCCCGCCAUCGCCUCCAGAGAGGAGGUCGAAGCUACUAAGAGUCAUGUUCUUGAGACCUUCUAUCCCAUAUCUCCCACUAUUGAUCUUCAGGAAUGCAACGUUUAUGAGGUGAAAGACACCACGGGAUUCCAGGAGGGUUAUCCUUACCCCUAUCCCCACACCCUGUAUCUCCUGGAGACAGCCAAUUUACGACCACACCGCUUUCAACCAGACCAGCUGCGGGCCAAGAUGAUCCUGUUUGCCUUUGGCAAUGCCCUGGCUCAGGCCCGGCGCCUCUACGGGAACGACACUAAGGUUUUGGAGCAGCCAGUAGUCGUGCAGAGUGUGGGCACCGACGGACGCGUCUUCCAGUUCCUGGUGCUGCAGCUGAACACCACGGAGCUGGCCUCCGACGAGGGCAUCAAGAAUCUGGUCUGGGUGGACUCCGACCAGCUCCUCUAUCAGCAUUUUUGGUGUCGCCCAGUGAUCAAAAAGAAGGUGGUUGUGGAACCUGUUGGGCCGACUGGUUUCCAGCCAGAGACAUUCAGGAAGUUUUUAGCUCUGUAUUUGCACGGCGCCGUGUGAGCCCAGGACCAUUCUGAGGUCUGAAGUCCCCUGGCCCCGUCCCGCAGAAGAUCCUGUGUCCAGGGCUGCGCUGGGCCUGCCCGGAGCGUCCGUGCACGUCCGGCCCGCGGUCUCGCUGCCAAUAAAGAGCCUUGCGCUGACUGGGGCCUGGGUCUGGUGCGGGGCCAUCAGGAGGGGCGCCGGUGCAGGCCCUGGAACCUGACCUGCCCCGCCUCGAGCCCAGCUCUGCCCACUGCCCACCCUGCCUUUAGAUAAGAAUCUUCGGCUCUUUAAGUUUCACCUUCUUCACCUGAAACUUGAGGAUAACGUGACCGUUUGGAAGACAGACUGUAGGUGAUGCGUGUGGAGCGUCGGCUGCAGGAUGGGUGCUCUGAUGCUCGCGGGGGCCUCACGGAACUCUCUAAAUUGCAGGCACAUCUCAUAAUGACUGUGUGAACUCUGAGUAGAACAUUCAUUGUAGCUUUCUUCCUAGCAUCCGGGUUAAUAGACCAAGUGCGUCCCUGGUU